AUGUUUGAUCCCGCCGCGGCGCCCGCAGGGAUGAGCGAUGGAGGGGCCGAGCCCGGCGGGAGCCCCGUGCUGCUGGCCGAGCCCGCGGCCACCGGGCGGGCCCGGGAGAAGCUGCCGACCCGGGCGGAGCUGGAGAGCGCCCUGCGCGCCGGCGGCGGCGGCGGCAGCGGCGGAGCCGCCGGCGGCUUCAAGGACAUCCCGGGAACGUCGGCGGUCAGCCCCGGCUCCUCCAAGCAGUGCGCCCCGGACACCGAGAGCCCGUCGGGGACCGGCGAGGCGGAUUACUGCCGCCGCAUCCUGGUGCGAGAUGCCAAAGGGACGAUCCGGGAGAUCGUGCUGCCCAAGGGGCUGGACCUGGACCGGCCCAAGCGGACGCGGACGUCCUUCACGGCGGAGCAGCUCUACCGCCUGGAGCUGGAAUUCCAGCGCUGCCAGUCAAGGUGUGGUUCCAGAACCGCCGCACGAAGCAGAAGAAGGACCAGAGCAGGGACUCUGAGAAACGCUCCUCCAGCACCUCCGAGUCCUUCGCCACCUGCAACAUCCUGCGGCUGCUGGAGCAGGGCCGCCUCCUGUCCGUGCCGGCCCCCCCGAGCCUCCUGUCCCCCCCUUCCAACCCCGGCCCGGUGCCCAGCCCCGCGGCCAGCCUGGCCCCGCCGGGCCCCGCGUCCCCGCCGGGGCUGGGCGGUGGCAGCAGCCCCCCGGCCCCGCCGCCUUUCGGCCUGCACGUCCCGUCUCUCGCCGCUUCCUCCUCCUCGUCCUCCUCAUCCUCAUCGCCGUCGCCGCGGCUGCCGGGGAGGCCGCUGUGUUUUGGGGGGCCGCUGCUGGGCAGCCUGCACGACCUGCCCGCUUCUUUCCCGCCGGGAGCCUCCGCGUUCGAGCCUUACACGCGGCUGGAGAGGAAGGACAGUUCUAUACACGGCAAGAAGCCGAGCCCUUAAAAGAAACCCCCCAAAAAAACACAACCCCCCCCCAAAAAAACAGUGUCAAAAAGUGUCACCUCCCCCCUCCGCCACUCCAAGCCCAGAUCGUCGUCGUCCGUCCCCACCCCGACCUGGGAAUUCCCGCCGGGAAUGUGCGCCCCCGGGAAUGGCAGCUCCCCCCGGGCCGGUGGAGGCGCGGAUGUCACCAGGGUUGAGCUGGUGACACUCCGAGGUGUCACUGUCACCAAAGCCCCGCUCCAGGUAUCGGCGGAAGGGGGCAGGAGCAGCGGGGGGUGGCGCUGGCCCGAGUGUCUUUUCCGGAGGGACAAAAGGGACAGCGCGAGGUGACACGGGGCUCUGUCCCCGCGGUGUCCUCGGAGAAGCGCCGUGCCUCAGUUUCCCCGCCUGCUCCGGGCUGAGGUCCCCGCGGUGACCGCAGGGUCCUGGCGCUGCUCCCGGCGGGUGUUUGUCCUCCGAGGGCGGCUCCGGUGGCCUGGGUGAUGUCCCCAGUUGUCGCCGUGCUGGGAACGAGCGGCUGCCGCCCCCCCGGGACACCCGCAGGCUCCUGCGGAGCCCAAACACCGCCCGGUCCCUUCCUGGGGCCGUCCCCACAGGGACCCCCCGAGGGGCUGGGGGUCGCUGUCCCACCCCGCUGGGUGACAGCUGGGGACAGCGGUGACAGUGGCAUCUGCCGCUCUGGGGCAGGGCGGGUCCGGCAGCACCCCCAGACCCACCCUGGGGUGGCACCGCAGUGACCCCGUGCUGGCACUGGCACCCGCCACACCCCCCUUGUCACCUGUCACAGCCAGGGUCACCUGCCACAGCCAGGGUCCCUUUCCAGCUCCCAGGGGGUGACAGUGGCUUCCUGCGGGGCCACUCGGGCUGAGGGUGGGGUUGGGGACAAGGGGGACUUUGCAUGAAGUGGCUCUUGGGGACAGUAGCAGCUGUUGGGGGGAUCUGAGUGUCACCUUGCCGGGACACCCCGGGGUGGCAUCACCAGGUACCCCACGGUGUCACCACCUUGCCAGGACACCCUGCGGUGUCACCACCCCGCAGUGCCACCCCCCGCCCUGCAGGGACACGGCUGUGACAGGAGCAGGGGGACACCCCGAGCCCCCUCCCCACACCCAGGCCCUGCCCUGGGCGCUCCCCCCACACCCCCAAACCCGCUGCUGUUGGUUAAUUAAUCAAUUCAUUAAUUAAUAAUGAUCAUUAACACUGAGCAUCCCCGCCCACCCCCGGGCUGCUCCUCCCGCAUCCCCGGGGCCCCGA